UCCUCAGACUCCAACUGGGGAAAAGGAAAAUGGACGAGUUGUGUUCAAAGUGGCAUCUUUUAUAUGAAUAAGAGGAAUUUUCAUGGAACAAGGCCGGCGCUUGCAAGGGACUAUUAUAAUAUACUCGGAGUGAGUAAGAAUGCAACUGCUUUAGAAAUUAAGAAAGCUUAUUAUGCACUUGCAAAGAAGCUCCAUCCUGAUAAAAAUAAAAAUGAUGCUAAAGCAGAAAGAAAAUUCCAAGAAGUGUCACGUGCUUAUGAGGUUCUAAAGGAUGAAGAGAAGAGGUCGCUUUAUGACCAGCUGGACGUGGCAUCAUCUCAACUUGUCGUGACUGAUAGUGAUUUUAAAGAUCCAGGAUUCAGGAUGCAGCUUAUUGAUACUGUCAAUUCCUUGUUGAAUCUCAGAGUCGUUCAUGUUUUUAAUGAAAAUGAUGCAAUCAGCACGCGAAGAGCUCAUUAUGAGGAUUCCUCUGGUAUCUUUUGGGACAAUGAUAGCUUAGCAGCCCUAAUGGAUCUGGAGUUGAAGGCUGAUCUCCUCGUCUUGCUUUGUGAUGUUGAGGGCCUGUAUAGUGGCCCGCCCGGUGAACCUCAUUCGAGGAUCAUACAUACAUACAUUAAGGAAAAACGUCAGAAGGAGAUUACUUUCGGGGACAAAUCGAGGGUGGGAAGAGGUGGCAUGACCACAAAAGUAAAGGCAGAAGUUCAUUCUUCUGAUAAAGAAAAUCCUGUUGUGAUUACAAGAUCAACCACAAGAGCAAGUUGUACCUAUGGAUUUUUCAACUAUGUCAAAGACUAGGCGAUCCAGCAUCAUCAAAGGACAUUUUGAGAUCUUCAUAAGGGAGUAUCACCUAAAAUUCUCUAAUGUUUUGAUUCCAGCAAAGUCUAGAAAAUCAGGCGACAUUGCAGUUGGAGACAAGGAAGUGAGGAUUAGAGACCCAAAGGGUCAGAUUUGGAGCAUUGGCCUUUUUUGGCGAUAGAGGAGACCCUACUUGUACAUGACGAACAAAUGGCAAGGACAAGCUGAAGCCUGGAGAUGGAUGUAGCUUUCAUUUGGUCGGAGGAAGGCAGAAACUUUAUCAGAUGAUGAUAAAUUAACCUCAUGACACCCUCUAAAAAUUGAAAUUCUGAAUGUUUUCGGGUUAACCUGUGUCAAGCUUAGUAAAUUUCUGUGGACUUGUAAUUUUUGUAGGCCGUUUGUUUCUAGGGGAAUUGAAGACUCUCAUUUGAAACAAUUUGUCAUACCGGACCCACAAACAGGAAUCCUUCCAAUUAAACCCAAAUUCAAGUUUUUAAUUCUCGCAUGUGAUGGGUUGUGGGAUAAGGAAGGUUAGCAAAGGAGACUGUACAUAUAUCUCAACCCUUCUGCACAGACCCCCAGUGUUCAUCACCACUCUAUGCUUGUAAAAAGCUUGCUGAUCACUCUGCUAAUCAAGGCUCUGCUGAUGAUGAUAUUAGUGUGAUGAUAAUUCCGCUGAUGAUGAUAUUAGUGUGAUGAUAAUUCAGUUGAAGCGUUUCGUUUUAAGGUCGUUUGAAGGGGUUAAUUUUCACUUAUUGUGUACAUACUACAGUUUGAAUGUGUUGAUUUCGUUUGCUUUCUGUGUUUGCAUAUGUUUUGAGUAUCCAAUAGUAUUUCGAGAUUUGAAGCCAAGGGUGUUCA